GAGUCCAGCCUCCACUCACUGAGCUCAGAGUUGAUUAGUGGCUGAGACACAAACAGACGAACAGCACAGACCUGUUGCGAACAAUGUGACAGCAACAUUUUUCUUUAUUUUAAUUGUACAACCUCCGUCGCCAAACUUUGGGCACAUUUUUAUCCCUGUUAAUUGUGUUAAAAGGAGCCAUGGAGCCGAUAACAAAGUGGACGCCGAAGCAAGUAGUCGAAUGGAUGAGAGGUUUGGAUGACAGCUUGCAGCAGUAUGUGACCAACUUUGAGCGGGAGAAGAUCAGCGGUGAGCAGCUACUGAAGAUCACACAUCAAGACCUGGAGGAGCUCGGCGUGGCCAGGAUCGGACACCAGGAACUGGUGCUGGAGGCUGUCGAUCUACUGUGCGCUCUGAACUAUGGGGUGGAGACAGACAACUUGAAAAAUCUGGUUGUGAGGAUGAGAGCCGCCACCAACAGUCUGCACAUGGCCACGUCUGACCGCAGGAGCAGCCCCGCGUAUGAAGGCAGCAUGUCACGCAAGCCGCCCAACGACUUCCUCACCUCUGUGGUGGAGCUGAUCGGCGCUGCGAAGAGCCUCCUGGCUUGGCUCGACAGGACGCCUCUUACAGGGAUCAGUGACUUCACAGCCACCAAGAACAAGAUCAUUCAGCUGUGCCUGGAGCUCACCACCACAGUUCAACAGGACUGCAGUGUUUACGAGAUGGAAGAGAAGAUCCUGGAAGUUUCUAAGAUUUUGAACAACAUCUGUGAUCAGACCGUGAGAACCACCUCUGACCCCCUGAUGAGCCAGUCGGCCUGCUUGGAUGAAGUCCAGCUGACCAAUAUCAAACCGGGAGAGGGCCUGGGGAUGUACAUCAAGUCUACCUACGAUGGUUUACAUGUCAUCACGGGAACCACAGAACAUUCACCUGCAGACCUGACCAGGAAGAUCCAUGCUGGUGAUGAGGUGAUCCAGGUCCACCAGCAGACAGUGGUGGGCUGGCAGCUGAAAAACCUGGUCGUCAAGCUGAGGGAGGACCCCAAAGGUGUGGUUCUACUCCUUAAGAAGAGGCCCACAGGCACACAUGGUUUCACCCCCGCCCCUCUCAAGAACAUGCGCUGGAAGCCCCCAAUGCAACAGCACAAUUCCUCCUUGAUCAGAACCCAGUCUCCCUGCGGCUCGGCCAACGGAUCGACCAAAAAGGAGAAGCCGGCUAUCACGAACUUGUACAUCCCCCCUCCUCCUCCAAUGCCAUACACCCCACGAGAGGGGAGAACCGACACCACCUUCUGCAGCAUUAGUAAAAGACCAAAGGGCUCUGAGUCACCCAACUACUAUCUGGACCAGGAGAGCAGGAGACGCUGCACCAUCGCAGAUUAUGACAAGCUAAGCGUUGGCUGUCCCAUCGAGGCCAACGUGAUCCAGCCCAGAAUGAGGGAGCAAAAGUCCUCGCGUGGUAAGCCCCGGCCCCUCUCAAUGCCAGCGGACACCUGCGUUGGAGUGGUAGAUCCCUACGCUAAGCCCUGGACACAGGGAAGGAAAGGUGAAGACCUCCUGUACAGAUACCUGAGCAACGAGAGGAUCCCCACCAUCGCAGAGGAGGUCCCCUCAGUGACUCCGCCCUACAGGCCUGCUGGGGAACGCCACCUCGUCAGAGUGGACCACAUCAGGGGCACCCGCUACUACUCCAACUCAGACCUCCACAACAGCGCCACCAUCCCCUACCAGGAGGACAUCAAAAAGGCCCCCGUAGGCCCCGUCUCCAAGCGCGCCACGGCAGAACGCUCACUACUGGGACCUGACUGGCACUCUAGCAGUGACUUCCUCAAUCGGUAUAAUCAACCACAAAUACGAUCCUGGUCCUUCUCUCAAGCAGCUGCCUUCCCCAUAUCUGUGCCACCUUCUAUGGCUGCCGAUGACUACAACCCUGUCUCCCUACGACACAAAUCCAAGAGGAAGACUCGAGGAGGCAAUGGUACAAUGAGCAGGAGACGGAUCUCGGUCAAAGAGCUGGGUCCCCCAGACCACCAGGGCUGGCUGUACAGGAAGAAAGAGAGCAAAGGCUUCCUGGGUAUCAAAUGGAAGAAGUACUGGUUUGUGCUGAAGAAGACGGCUCUCUACUGGUACGCCAACCACCUGGCGGAGAAGGCUGAAGGCUACAUUGACCUCACCAACUUCAUGAUUGACAUAGCCAUAGAGUGCAAGAAGAAACAUGCGUUCAAAGCUUGCCACCCACACGUCAUGAUGUUUUAUUUUGCUGCUGAGAGCCACGAAGAGAUGACCUUAUGGCUGAAUAGGCUCGGGCUAGCUGCCAUUCAAUACGAUCCAACAGAACGAAACACUGCAGUCGAGUGUUAUAGUGAAGCCAGUGACCACGAAGAAGCUGAAAGCACAGAGAUCCCCCCUCCACCAUACUCUGAACAAACCCUGCGGGACUCCGUGGAUUCAUCCGGUCCACCUGGAAGCACACAUCAGGGCACCCUUCCUCCCCCCUACUCCUCCGCAGUCCCAAGCGAAGCCAACGGUUCGCUCUCGUCCCCCGUCAGCACAAUGACCUCGCAGAGCUCCACCUCCUCGCUCGCCAAGCAGCGGCAGUCCUGGUUGGACCUGGUCUCGCAGGCGGCCCCUCCGAUUGGGGAAACGGCAGUGGUGUGCUCAGUUCAAGUACACUCUCAUCGACCUCCGCGAGAGGAGACGGAAGAAGAGGAUGAGCCCCAGGUGUCGGAGAGCUCAUCUCAACAGGACCCUCCGGAAACGGGGUCCAAUGAGGAAAGCCCUGUUGCGGAGGGGGAGGCACAGGCGGUCGUUUCGGGUGCUGAAAAUGAAGGGAACAGCUCAGAUGAGAUGGAGAGGCUGUAUAUUCAUCUGAAAGAGGCCAGCCUCUCGCCAAUUGGAGAUCGUAAACCAUCCACGAAGAGGGAAUUCAGGGCCUCCUUCGUGAAACGCUGUAAAAACCACACUGUCAAUGACAAACUGCACCUUAUCAGGACCCUCAACAGCACAUUAAAGUCAAAAGAGGCCGACCUGCAUGCAAUAGAGCAGGUGUUGUCGUACCCGGGGCUUAACUCAGACAAGUUCAGAGAGUGGAAAGAGGCCAAUGUAACUUUGGUGCAGGAGAUCUGCAUGGUACAUAACCAGCAGGUGGCAGCAGGAGCCACGAAAGCCGCAGCAUCAGUCAUUGCUGCUCCAGUGGUCGAGACCAGUUUAUAA